GAAGGUGGCGCGGCCCCUGCCCCCUCGGCGGGGCUGGCUCUGCGGGGACCGGAGGUUUCGCUGCGGGAGCCAUCAUUUGAGAUGCUUCCAUUGUCUGGGAAAACAAUAAUAUUUGAUAGCUUUCCUGAUCCUUCAGAUACCUGGGAAAUAAUUGAGACUAUUGGCAAAGGAACUUAUGGAAAAGUUUUCAAGGUGUUAAAUAAGAAAAAUGGCAGCAAAGCAGCAGUCAAAAUUUUGGAUCCUGUUCAUGAUAUUGAUGAAGAAAUUGAAGCUGAGUACAACAUUUUGAAAGCUCUCUCUGAUCAUCCCAAUGUAGUCAAAUUCUACGGCAUGUACUAUAAGAAAGAUGUGAAAAAUGGAGACCAGCUUUGGCUAGUUCUUGAGCUGUGCAAUGGUGGAUCUGUGACGGAUCUUGUGAAGGGAUUUCUGAAGAGAGGCGAAAGGAUGAAUGAACUUAUAAUUGCUUACAUUUUACGUGAAGCUCUGAUGGGACUUCAGCAUUUGCAUGAAAACAAAACUAUUCACCGUGAUAUUAAGGGAAAUAAUAUCCUUUUGACCACUGAAGGAGGAGUCAAGCUUGUGGAUUUUGGUGUGUCUGCCCAGCUGACCAGCACUCGUCUCCGUCGGAACACAUCCGUGGGCACCCCGUUCUGGAUGGCUCCAGAGGUGAUUGCCUGUGAGCAGCAGCUAGAUAGCUCCUAUGAUGCUAGAUGUGAUGCAUGGUCACUGGGUAUUACUGCAAUAGAGUUGGGAGAUGGAGAUCCACCCCUUGCUGAUUUGCACCCCAUGAGGGCGCUCUUCAAAAUACCAAGGAAUCCUCCUCCAACGCUACAGCAGCCUGAACUGUGGUCACCUGAAUUCAAUGACUUCAUUAACAAGUGCUUGACUAAAGAUUAUGAGAAGCGUCCAACAGUAUCUACUCUUUUGCAGCAUGAUUUUAUUAAGCAAAUUGAAGGAAAAGAAAACGUGCUACAAAGGCAACUCAUGGAAUUUAUUGAUGUUCAUCAACAAAUGGGAGUCACUGAAAAGGCAAGAUUUGAACGUAUUCACACAAAGAAAGGGAACUACAGUAAGGCACUAGUUUCAAACCAAGAAGAGGUAGAUGAUUUAGCAACCUUGGAGGUACUGGAUGAGAACACAGUAACAGAGCAGUUGCAGAAGAGUUAUGCCAAGGACCAGAUCUACACAUAUGUUGGGGACAUUCUCAUCGCUGUCAAUCCAUUUCUGAACAUAGAUAUUUAUUCUGCCCAGCAUUCCAAACUGUAUAUUGGAGCCAAACGGACUGCCAACCCUCCUCACAUUUUUGCUGUUGCUGACAUAGGCUAUCAGUCCAUGGUGACAUACAACUCUGAUCAGUGUAUUGUUAUUUCUGGAGAAAGUGGAGCUGGCAAGACGCAAAGUGCCCAUCUGCUGGUUCAGCAGCUCACUGUCCUUGGAAAGGCUAACAACAGGACUCUGCAGGAGAAAAUUCUCCAGGUGAACAACCUUGUAGAAGCAUUUGGGAAUGCAGGCACUAUCAUCAAUGAUAAUUCAAGCAGAUUUGGAAAAUAUUUGGAAAUGAAAUUCACUUGUGGUGGCACUGUAGUAGGAGCUCAGAUUUCAGAGUACCUCCUUGAAAAAUCCAGAGUUGUCCACCAGGCAGUGAGAAAAAAUUUCCAUAUUUUUUAUUAUAUUUAUGCUGGUCUCGCAGAAAAGAAAAAGCUGGCACAUUAUAAACUGCCAGAAUAUAGACCUCCCAGAUAUCUGCAAAAUGAUCAUUUCAGAAUAGUGCAAGAUUUCAUGAACAAUAGCUUUUAUAAGUCUCAGUUUGAAUUAAUAGAACAGUGCUUCAAAGUCAUAGGUUUUACACUAGAGGAACUUGGAAGUGUGUACAGUGUCCUGGCUGCCAUUUUAAAUGUGGGUAACAUUGAAUUUUCUGCAGUAGUAUCUGAACAUAUGAUUGACAAGAGCAACAUUUCCAAUCCAGUAGCCCUUGAGAACUGUGCAUCCCUGCUGUGUAUUCAGGCAGAUGAACUGCAAGAGGCCCUCACCUCUCACUGUGUAGUGACUCGAGGAGAAACAAUUAUUCGUCCCAACACUGUGGAAAAAGCCACUGAUGUCAGAGAUGCCAUGGCCAAAGCGCUGUAUGGACGCCUCUUCAGCUGGAUAGUCAAUCGCAUCAACACACUACUCAAACCUGACAAACAUUUAAGUGAAAAUGAUGAUGGCUUGAAUAUUGGAAUUCUCGACAUCUUUGGCUUUGAGAAUUUCAAAAAGAAUUCUUUUGAACAACUAUGUAUCAACAUUGCCAAUGAACAAAUUCAGUUCUACUUCAAUCAACAUGUCUUUGCCUGGGAACAGAAUGAAUACCUUUACGAAGGUGUUGAUGCAAGAGUUAUAGAAUACGAGGACAACAGGCCCCUCCUAGACAUGUUCCUGCAGAAACCAAUGGGUUUAUUGUCUCUGCUGGAUGAGGAAAGUCGAUUCCCACAAGCAACAGAUCAGACACUUGUAGAAAAAUUUGAAGAUAAUUUGAAAUCAAAAUAUUUUUGGAGACCCAAAAGAGUAGAUCUGACCUUCGGAAUUUAUCAUUAUGCAGGAAAGGUUCUAUAUAAUGCAAGUGGAUUCCUAGCCAAAAAUAGAGAUACGCUGCCAGCUGAUAUUGUGCUGCUACUGCGAUCAUCUGAAAACAACCUGACACGACAGCUGGUAACUCACCCUCUCACAAAAACGGAAUCUAUACUGAAUGGAGCUGCAGCCAUCUUAAGCUGCAGGGGAGAUAUUGGUCUGGUCAAGUGCCAAGGAAGUGGUAGAGGCUUCUUUCAGGGUCCUGUCUUCAGGGUAGGGGAUCAAGACAGGGAGUGGAGCACAUCUCUUGAGCUGAGGCCUGAACAGAAAGGAUCAGGUAACCUGGCACACACCAAAAGCAAAACUACAAUCAGUUAUCAAAUGUGGACCUCCCAAAAAUCAAUCAGUCAUACAAAGAAUGAAGCAGGAGAUACUGGACAUCAUCCAAGAGAAACAACCAGCAUGAAAACACAGACAGUUGCUUCUUAUUUUAGAUAUUCUCUGAUGGAUUUGCUAUCCAAAAUGGUUGUUGGUCAGCCCCAUUUUGUCAGGUGCAUCAAGCCCAACAAUGACCGGCAGGCAAACAAGUUUGACAAAGAGAAAGUGUUGGUUCAGCUGCGUUACACGGGAAUUCUGGAGACAGCACGGAUCCGCAGACAGGGUUACUCACAUCGUAUACUCUUCGCUAACUUCAUAAAACGGUAUUACCUCAUCUGUUACAAAACAAAUGAUGAUCCUCCAGUCAGCCCGGAGACCUGUGCUGCCAUCUUGGAAAAAGCCCACCUUGACAACUGGGUUCUUGGAAAAACUAAAGUAUUCCUCAAAUACUAUCAUGUGGAGCAGCUGAAUUUAAUGCGGAAGGAGACAGUUGACAUGAUUAUUUUGAUUCAAGCUUAUGUCAGAGGGUGGCUGGGUUCAAGGAGAUACAAAAAGAUAAAGGAACAAAGGGAACAAAGUGCUAUUAAAAUACAGUCAGCUUACAGGGGGUUUGUUGCUCGUAAAGAAUACAAAAAUGCAAAGCAUAAUAAAAAAGUGGAAGAAUAUAUGAUCAAAUUUCAAGCAAUUGCCAGAGGAUACUUACUCAGGAAGAAGAGAAAAGAACUAACUGAAACAAGAAGCAAAGCAGCAAUAACAAUUCAGUCUCACUACAAGGGAUAUAAGGAAAGGAAGGUCUUCCAAAGCCGGAGGGAAUCACUCAGAAAGCAAGAAAUUGAAAAUGCAACCACUAGCAAGAAGGAAAAUGAUGAAGAACUACAGGAUCCUGAGGAAAGUCCAACUGAGAGUGCCCUCCCUAGAACAGAAGAAGAAGCAGCUGCCAUAGCAGAGGAUGAAUUAUCUGCUGUAGAAUUCCUUGAAGCACAACUGCAGCCAGCUCAAAAUGAUACACUGGAAGAAGUAGCAAGUGAAGAGACUCAAGAUGAACCUGGUGCUGUCACUGACAGCAAGUGCUCUGGGUACAGUGACACAGGGAACGGAGAGGCGCAACAGCAAACAUCUAGUGAAGGAGAGGCAGCUCCUGUGAAGCAGAACCUGGCAGUAGAAGAGGUUAGUGAAGGUGAAGAACAGGACUCUUUGGAAGAGUUACCCAGCAAAUCUUCUGUCAAAAUCUCAGCUGAACCUAGACCCCAGCAAGAGCAAGAUAAUCAAGAUACACUCAGUGCAGACUGGCAAAAUCAAGAAUCUGCUGUGGUCCAGGCCAGGACCAACAGAGAUGUGGAAAGAAACUACCUAAAGCGUGAAGCAGCGAUGCCUACAGGAGCUAAAGGAAUCACAAGAAAAGAGUCACUGAGAAGAAGCUCAUGGAAGCAGGCUGAGGCAGAAAAGCAAGGUUCAGAAGACAAAGAGAAGGCAGCAAUAGUAAUUCAGAGUAAUUACCGGGGUUACAGAAGGAGAGGACAACUCAGAAAAGAAGGGAAACUACCUUGCAAAAGUCAAGAGAAAACAAUAAAGGAGCCAACAGAAGCAAUACACGUUCAAAAUAACAAUCCCCAAACAACAAAAGAUAGGGAAAGCACCAGUACAGAGGCUGAAGGCUCUAAGACACUGAAGGGAGACUCAGAGAAAGAGGCUUGUGAUUUGGAAGCCUUUUCACGACAGAUAUCAAAAUUAUCUGAAGAUUACUUAGCAUUGCAGCAAAAACUGAAUGAAAUGAUAUUGUCCCAUCAGCUGAGACCUGUGAUGAUGUCCAAAGAUAACCAAGCUAAUGGCCGGCUUUCUUCUCAUGUUUGUCAGUCAGUUGUGGCCAAAGUAGAAGACUCUCGCCCAAUGCAGAGACCCCCUAGAAGGCCACGGAAGCCCAAGACAUUAAAUAAUCCAGAAGACUCCACCUACUACACUCUAAUACAUAAAUCAAUCCAAGAUGAAAAACGGAAACCAAGAAAAGAAAGUCUGAGCAAAGUGCUAGAUUUAGAUAUCUACUACCAAGAAAUUUCAUCUACUGACUCCAGCUCCAAGGACAGCAGUACUACCACAAGGAGGAAGAGAUACCCAAUUGAGCGCAGGACUUCCAUUCUACGAGCUACUGAGCGGUCGAGGGUUGCAGAAAGACCCCUGGAAGAGAGCAAAGGCGAAGAUAAUCCCUAUGACUACAGACGACUGCUGCGGAAGACCUCACAGCGCCGGCGCCUUAUCCAGCAGUUCUAGCUGCUGCUGCUGCUCCUGC